AUGUGCGGCGGCGUGGCGGGCGCGUUCAGCAAGACGUGCACCGCACCGCUCGCGCGCAUCACGAUUCUGCGCCAGCUGCAGAGCACGGGCGCCGUGGCGGGAUGGGCGGGCACCGCCAAGGUUGGCAUCGUCCCCGCGCUCGCGAAGAUCAUCAGGGAGGAGGGAGUCCGCGCGCUGUGGAAGGGGAACAUGGUCACGGUCAUACAGCGCCUGCCUUACUCCUCCAUCAACUUUUACCUCUACGAGAACAUCAUGGACUUCCUCGAGGGCGAGGGCGCCUUCGGCCGGGGCAGGAACGAGGGACGGGGUCUCGGCUGGGACGUCGCGCGGAGGCUCGUCGCGGGUGGCUCCGCGGGGAUGAUCGCGUGCGCGUGCACGUACCCGCUGGACCUCGUGCGAACCCGUCUGGCGGCGCAGACCACCGUGCGCCACUACGACGGCUUGUUGCACGCGCUGUUCGUCAUCGGGAGCAAGGAGGGACCGAGGGGUUUAUACCGGGGCUUGGCUCCGACGUUGGCGCAGAUCGGUCCGAACCUCGCAAUCAACUUCGCCGCGUACGAGACGUUAUCGAAGCUGGCCAAGGAGCACGAGCUGGGCGAACGCGUGCCACCCGCGAUCGUGUCGCUCGCGUGCGGCAGCACGAGCGCGGUGGUCAGCGCCACCGCCACGUACCCCCUGGACCUGGUUCGGCGCCGGCUGCAGAUGCGUUGCGCGCAAGACAGGGGGCACGGAUUCGUCCGGGUGUUUCGCGACAUCUUCGCCGCGGAGGGUUUCGGCGGGUUCUACCGGGGGAUCAUACCGGAGUACGCCAAGGUGGUGCCCGGGGUGAGCAUCACGUACAUGACGUACGAGCUGCUGA